AUGCAAACUGCACCGUCAGCACCGCUCACGGAUGUGGAUGCAAACGACAGACUCUGCCAUUCGCUGGUGUCCGAUCUUCUGAAGGACGACGAUGCGGGCGAGCAGACCGACGUUCCCGAAGAGCGCAGCGGUGAGCUGACGAUCAACGACUCGGAAGAGGAGCGGAGAUCCCCCGUCAAGCGCGAUGCGAAGCCGAUGAUGUGCGGGCAAAGAGCUCCGCCAGGCCUGCUGUUGAGUACUGCAUCGCCGGACGUGAACUCGAUGAGCAGCCCGAGCUUCCAUUCCAUGAGCACCUACAUGCCUGGAUAUGCCCCGACGAGCCGAGAUGACUCCCCAGACGAGGAGGAGGUCCUGGGGGCUUCGGAGGAGUUUGAUGCCCUCUAUCCAGUGACCGCACCUCCCGCGACUGGGCCCGAAUACGACCAGUGGUUGGCGCAGCUGCCCUCCAUAGGCUCGGCAAACCACUUCAACGGCACCUGCGAUCGCUGUUGCUUCCAUCCCAAGGGGCGCUGCUUGAACGGCUACAACUGUCAGCAUUGCCACUUCGACCAUGAGAAGCGGAAGCGCAAGAGCAAGAAGCGCACCGAACGGGCAGACCUGGGCCCCCCCGGCUCGGAGAUCGGCUCCAUUCCUCCAACCCCUCACGGCCCCCACGAGACUUUCUAUGCCCCAGCCCUUUCGGUGCCCGUGCCCCCAGCCUUCCACGACCCAGGCUUGGAGAUACCGUUGCCUGUGCCAGCUUAUAGUUCCUGGUAUCCCGAGGAGGCGCCAGUCCCAGAGGCCCUCUACCCUGGCAUAAGUCCAGACCCCACGUUACAUCGGGAUGAGUAUGUCUUCAAGCUUGAGGAAGAGAAUCGCUACCUCCGUGCCAUGCUCCAGCAUCACCUCGGCCCCGUGGCCGCGGCCGCGGCGCUGCCCCCUCCCUCCAUAGCGGCCCCCAAAGCCGAAGUGGAGUGCCCCGCCGUGGAGUGUCCUCCCGGGCUAGGCCUCGAGGUCCUCCCGGAGCCGCAGCUUGCCGCGCCCACCUCCCUGUCCGCCGGAGCUGCGCCCUUCUGCCCUGGCGUGGGCCUCACCUCCUGGUCCGAGCCAAACGCCCCGGCGUCGGCAGGCAGUGUGGCUCCCAGUGCGCUGCAUCUCGCGGGCAUGGUUCCGAAUGUUAGAUGGCCCGGUCCCGCAUGA